AUGGUGCUGUCGGUGCCGGUCAUCGCGCUGGGCGCCGCGCUGGGCACGGCCACCAGCAUCCUCGCGCUGUGCGGGGUCACCUGCCUGUGCCGGCACAUGCACCCCAAGAAGGGCGUGCUGCAGCGGGACCCGGACCCCGAUCCCGAGAAGGCGAGGCCCGGCUUGCUCCGGUCCGCCCAGCAGUUCAAUGUCAAAAAGUCCACAGAGCCCGUCCAGCCCCGGGCCCUCCUCAAGUUCCCGGACAUCUAUGGACCCAGGCCAGCUGUGACGGCCCCGGAGGUCAUCAACUACGCCGACUACACACUGAGGACCACGAUGGAGCCCGCUGUGCCAACCAGCCCCCAGGGCCCGAAUGACAGCCGCCUCAAGAGGCAGGUCACAGAGGAGCUGUUCGUCCUUCCUCAGAAUGGUGUGGUGGAGGAUGUCUGUGUCAUGGAGACCUGGAACCCUGAGAAGGCUGCCAGUUGGAACCAAGCCCCCAAACUUCACUACUGUCUGGACUACGACAGGCAAAAGGCUGAACUAUUUGUGACUCGCCUGGAAGCUGUGACCAGCGACCAGGACGGAGGCUGUGACUGCUAUGUCCAGGGCAGCGUGGCCAACAGGAUGGGCUCCGUGGAGGCGCAGACGGCCCUGAAGAAGCGGCAGCUGCACACCACGUGGGAGGAAGGCCUCGUGCUACCCCUGGCGGAGGAGGAGCUCCCCACGGCGACCCUGACACUGACCCUGCGCACCUGCGACCGCUUCUCUCGCCACAGCGUGGCUGGGGAGCUGCGCCUGGGCCUGGAUGGGGUGUCGGUGCCUCUGAGGGCUGCCCAGUGGGGCGAGCUGAAGACUUCAGUUAAGGAGCUGUCCGCAGGAAUGGGAGAGGUCCUUCUCUCCAUCAGCUACCUCCCGGCUGCCAACCGUCUCCUAGUAGUGCUGAUCAAGGCCAAGAACCUCCCCUCUAAUCAGUCUAAGGAGCUCCUGGGGAAGGAUGUCUCUGUCAAGGUGACCUUAAAGCACCAGGCCCGGAAGCUGAAGAAGAAGCAGACGAAGCGAGCCAAGCACAGGAUCAACCCCGUGUGGAACGAGAUGAUCAUGUUCGAGCUGCCCGACGACCUGCUGCGGGCCUGCAGCGUGGAGCUGGACGUGCUGGGCCAGGGCGCCGAGGGGCAGAGCUGCCCGCUGGGGCACUGCAGCCUGGGCCUGCACGCCUCGGGCUCCGAGCGCAGCCACUGGGAGGAGAUGCUGAAGAACCCGCGCCGGCAGAUCGCCAUGUGGCACCAGCUGCGCCUGUAG